AUGACGGGUAUUAUACAACUGCCUUCGCCUUCAAGCUCCACUGUCGUCGCACCUAAAGAUAAUGAUGCCUUUCGCCAACAAACCUGCUUUCUAAAUCGCGGAUCCUUCGUUAAAUACAGCUCGUUGGAUCUAUACGGCGGAUCGAAUUAUCCGACGGCUAGAAAAGCUCGGCAAUCGGAGGAGGCGGAGUCGUCGGAGGAGGAGGAGGAGGAAGAAGGGUCUGUCCUGGCCGUGGUGGUGGCGGUUCUGAGGAAGUAUUCUCCGGCGGGGUGCAAUAGAAAGUGCGACGAAAGUUGCGGGGUCGAGGAGGAAUUAAUGGAAAUCGGGGUGCCCACGGAGGUCAGGCACGUGGCGCACGUGACGUUCGAUCGGUUCGAUGGGUUUCUCGGGCUGCCGGUGGAGUUUGAGCCCGAAGUGCCCAGGCGGCCUCCUAGUGCCAGCACGAGAGUUUUUGGAGUUUCAACAGAGUCCAUGCAACUUUCAUUCGAUUCAAGAGGAAAUUGUGUGCCCACCAUAUUAUUGAUGAUGCAAAGGCGCUUGUAUGAACAAGGCGGCCUGCAGUAUGAAGGGAUUUUCAGAAUCAAUCCGGCGAAUGGCCAGGAAGAGCAUGUUAGAGAACAACUGAAUAAUGGAGUUAUCCCACACAACAUUGAUGUUCAUUGUUUGGCAGGCCUGAUUAAGGCUUGGUUUAGAGAGCUACCAAAUGGAAUAUUGGAUUCUCUGCCUCCGGAUCAGGUGAUGGGAGCUCAAACCGAAGAAGAAUGCGUUCGUCUCGUGAAGCUUCUGCCGCAAACCAAAGGCGCGCUGUUAGAUUGGGCCGUCAAUCUAAUGGCUGACGUUGCUCAGCUCGAGCAGUUCAACAAAAUGAACGCGCGUAAUGUCGCCAUGGUUUUCGCCCCUAAUAUGACUCAGAUGGCUGAUCCUCUGACGGCACUAAUGUUCGCUGUGCAAGUAAUGAAUUUUCUGAAAACGCUCAUAGAAAGAGCCUUGAGAGAAAGGGAGGACUCUUUAUUCGAAGCUGGUCCGGUGGGCCCCACGGACGGUCGGGAUGGAGAAAAUUACGAGGAGGGCGAAAUCGACAAGCCAGAAGAACCGGCGGCGUCGAGUCCGACCCACGAACUUUUGAGCUCAAUCGAGAACCUUGAUGCCGAAAAUGCCCCUGCCGUAGUGGGGAGCAUUAAAGCCCGGCCGUCGAUUAGGCGGAGGGGUAGUAUUGGAAAAGACGCUAGGAAGAAAGGUUUGAGGAAAUACGGGGCACAACGCGCGGCUGGCAAAGGAGAAGAGAGAGAUAAGGAAACGGAAAAUAAGGAAAAGAGUGUCUUGCGGCGCGUGAGCUCGCGUACGGACAGAGUCGAGACAUGGAGGUGA